UUGGCCAAGCCGGGUUCCAUGCAGCAGGGAGUCCAAGAUGGUGGCGCUCAGGGCUGGGAGGGAAGGCUCGGCGGCGGUGUUGACCGCGAGGAAGUUCUUGGUCGCCGCGUGUCUGUGCUUCAGCAGCCGCUUCCUCUCCCCGGCAGACGCCACAGGGCAGGCGGAGAGCGACGGCGGUCCCAGUGCGGCGGGGCCUCACCGGCGGUUCGAAUACAAGUACAGUUUUAAGGGACCGCACUUGGUGCAGCCAGACGGAUCGGUGCCCUUCUGGGUAUUUACGGGCAAUGCUAUCCCCAGUGCCGAUCAGAUCAGAAUAACUCCUUCAUUAAAAAGCCAAAGAGGAUCUGUAUGGACGAAAAACAAAUCCAUAUUUGAAUACUGGGAGAUUGAGGUGACCUUCCGAGUGACUGGAAGAGGAAGAGUAGGAGCUGAUGGAUUGGCAAUCUGGUAUACUGAGGGACAAGGAUUAGAUGGCCCAGUUUUUGGUGCAGCAGAUAACUGGAAUGGUGUUGGCAUCUUCUUUGACUCCUUUGACAACGAUGCAAAGAAAAACAACCCUGCGGUGAUUGUUGUCGGCAAUAAUGGCAAGCUCCAUUAUGACCAUCAAAAUGAUGGGUCCACGCAAGCGUUGGCAUCAUGUCAGAGAGAUUUUCGUAACAAGCCUUAUCCCAUCCGUACAAAGAUUAUUUACUAUCAGAAGACACUAUCUGUAUUAAUAAACAAUGGCUUUACUCCAGACAAAGAAGACUAUGAGUUUUGUGCCAAAGUUGAAAACAUGGUACUGCCUCCUCAGGGCUACUUUGGCAUCUCUGCAGCAACAGGUGGCCUUGCAGGUGAUUUUACCAUUCAGUGCCUGUCAAAUUUUAGGAUGCCUUUUUACUCAGAAUUGAUUUCGUAGCCUCCACCAGAUGCAGAAAUUGCUGAAAAGGACAAGGAGAAAUAUCAAGAAGAGUUUCAGCACUUCCAGGAAGAGUUGGACAAAAGGAAAGAGGAAUUUAAAAAAGAGCAUCCGGACACAGAAGGCCAGCCAGUGGAUGAUAUCUAUGAGACGGUGGGUGAUCGUGAGCUGAGACAGAUCUUCGAAGGCCAAAAUCGAAUUCACCUGGAAAUAAAACAGCUGAACAGGCAAUUAGACAUGAUUCUGGAUGAACAGAGAAAAUACGUCUCUACGAUAACAGAAGAGAUUUCCAAAAGAGGGUCAAAUGUCCCUAGCCAUCAAGGGCAGGCUUCCCAGUUAGAGCUUGACAAUAUUGUAAAAACUCAAGAAGAGGUUCUGAGACAAGUUGUGGAAAUGAAAAAUUCCGUGGGGGAAACUCAGCGUCUCCUCACUGGCAUUCAGCACCACCCCGCUUCCUCUGGUGGGAUCUACGAAACCACACAGCAUUUCAACGACAUUAAGGAACAUCUCCAUGUCGUAAAGAGGGAUAUUGAGCAUUUAGUCCAGAGGAACAUGCCAUCAAAUGAAAAACCCAAAUGUCCAGAGUUGCCAAAAUUUCCAUCAUGUUUAUCCACAACACACUUCUUUAUAUUUGUAGCAUUCCAGACGCUACUCUUUAUUAGUUACAUCAUGUACAGGAGUCAGCAGGAAGCAGCAGCAAAGAAAUUCUUUUGAUGGCCUCUCUGUCGUGCGUGGAAAGCAUUGCACUAGUUGGAGAAGAGGGAAGGAAUCCUUUAGUGUUGAAAAUGCUUCAAUAUUUUAAAUUAUUGAGUUCUUUCCUAAUCAAGUACACCGAAUAGUGGAUUGCGAUGUUAUAAAAUGGACCGAUUCCAAGGCAGAAAAGAGAUAAAUUCUGCCUUUGAGCAUCCAGGAGAGAUGGGGUGGAUGGAAAAUACCUUUAUUUCAUUGUCAAAAUAUAUCCCAAGUAAGGUCUUGGCACAGAAAUAUUUCUUAUUUGGGGAGAUCAUGGAAGGCAGAAAGACAAGCUGUAUAAUAAUUGUUCUGUGUCUCAGGAAGAAAGACAGGCAGGCAAGCGGGCAUUGGCUUUCUGAAACUGCAUCCCCUUUUAGAGCUAUAAGAUUGCAAAGAAUUCUUUUUUUUUAAUGUAACCUUGUGGGCAGCAUUAGAUGAGCAGAGUUAGAUAUUGCCGAUUCAACUUUUAAAAGAUAGACUUGUGGAAACAGUGACAGGCGGGGGGCAAGAAAGAGGAAGUUUAUAGAACAGCUCAAUUCUUAAUGGUGCCAUUUUUCUGUGUAGGAAAAGGUAGGUGGGAACAGGCUCUUUUUAGCAUGUUUUGAUACAGUUGUUUGUAUUCAUUGUAUUCACAUCGAUCAUAACUUUUGUAAAAGUGUUUUUUUAAUGCCUCUUCAACGAAGAGAUCCUAGCUUGCAUGAUCUUGAAAGUCAUCUGACUUGGGAGAAUAUGGGACAGCGGUGAUCUUCAAAACGUUAUCAUUGAAUGUUAAAAUUCAAACUGAACUUGGUCCUCUCCAAAGCCAGGAAUAUUGUGAAUAGAUCCGGAUGGCAUUGUUUAAAAAAAAAAAAAAAAUCGGGCUUUUUCUCCUCUUUUUGCUGAAUCGGUAUUGUUCUUCAUCUUCAAGUAUUCUUAAGUCUUAGCCACUUGUUAUGUAAUCCUUCUUAAGUCAGUUCCAGAACAGCAAAUGUGAUUUUACUCUGCCUUGCAUCUUGCCUGUAUAGUAUUAACUUGAAGCUUCAUUUUUUACACAUGUAGAAAUUCCAAUAGAACAGCUUUCUCAUAUCAUCAAGUGCUCAAAUUCCUCUGAACUUAAAAUAUUAAAAGACAAGCAAUGUUCAUUUUAAUCCAGUAUUACAUAUUUUGAAGGCAUUGUUUGCAGUUUUGAGAAACAGAACAAAUCUAUGCAAUUCUCUCCCUUUAAAGAUAUUGGCAGUGUUAUAUUAGGAUUUAUAAAUCAGAUGUUUUCCACCAAGUUUUGAAAAACACACAGAUGCCAAAUACCUUCCUACAACUCACAAUUGAAGACAAAUAAGCAGACUUAUUUUUCUCAACCCAAAUCACUCAAAAGAAGGGCCAUGAUCCAUUCUGUUUCACACCAGCAAAUGUUUUUACAGGUGCCUUGGGCAAAUUAAAACCAAAUGUAUGUUGUAAAAAUGACCUACUAAAUCAAGGGUUUGCGCGAUUUGAGUUUUCAUUAAAGAAGACACUGCUUUCUUUUAUGCAGAAAAAAGUGGAUUCUGUUGCAUUAUUUUUCUUUGGAAAACGCUUGGGUCAUGAUAAAAAUCUUGUAGAUAAAUGUCUUAUGUUUUCUUUUUGACAUAAUGUGAAUCUACCCAGCUGAGAAUUAAAAUAUUGAAGCA